GAAUAAUUUUAGUAAAGUCAAGGUCACAUGACGAAGUCAUAUGAUCCGUAUGAGCGGCAGGUGAUUGGGAUUCAUUGAGAUUAUUAUUGAUAUAUUUGGUUUUCUAGAUCCUUACAAUUUACAUUUCAACAUCAUUCUGAAAAAUGAACGGGUUUACUCUUCUCAUCACCGCCCUCCUCUUAAUUGGGUGUAGUGCUAUUAAACAGGUACGAUUUCCUGAUGCAACAAAGCCAUGUAUUAUGAUCGACAUGAAUGCUAAUCUUACUCUUUUGAUGAAGAGCAAUUCAAGUAUGAAAGCAGAAUCAACACUAGAUGGUGGUGCUAUGGGUAGUGGAGAGUGUAAAGAGUCAGAAUCCACUGUAGAUCUUAAUUUUGCGUCUGGUGUUAAGGGGAAUUUAGACUUGAAAUUCACACUAGGAGCAGAUUCUAAUGUUAUGAUGGAUCUUACCCUCACUUUCAUGCCAGCUUCCAUAUUCAAUAAUGGUGAUGAUGUUCCAAAGACUGCAACAACUGUUAGCAGUACCAAAUUAUCUACAAUGACAGCUUCCUAUACAUGUACAGCACCUAGGGUAAUCACAUUUAAUCCAGUGGAAGGAAAAGAUGGUGAAGUGUAUGAUUUCUCUAUGACAAUCAGUGAUGUCAAGAUCCAGGCUUUCAAUGUCACUGGUACUUCUUACUCUCCAGCUCAGGAUUGUACUGCAAUAGAUGGUCUUACAACAGAAGCAGCUAUGACAACAAAGCCACCAGUUCAAACUACAGAGAAAAACAAUGAAACCACAUCAGAGGCUCCACCAGCACCAUCAGGACCAUCUACUGAGCCAACAACAAAACCACCAACGAAUGAAUCUACAUCAGAGGCACCAGUAGUAACAACUCAGCCAACAACAAAACCACCAACUAAUGAAUCAACAUCAGAAGCACCAGUAACAACACCAGCAAAGCCAACAACACCUGCACCACCAGUAUAUCCAACUCCUGCACCUGGUGCACCUUCUGUCAACACAUACAAAGCAGCCAAUAGAAAUGGAACUUGUCUCAUGUUCAAAGCAGGAAUUGAAUUCACCUUACCUAUUCUAGUCAAAGGAGUUAAUGUUACAAAGACACUUGGUAUCAAUAAAGAGGAUACAAGCAAUGAAACAGAGUAUGCUGGAGACUGUGAUGCAUCCAAUUCAACACAGACCAUGACCGUCACAUUUUAUAAGACAUCCAAGAUGCUGAUGACCUUUACAAAAUCUGACACUGGAUAUUACUUCUCAGAUGUGGAUAUAACAUUUAAAGUAGAUAAAGAUUUGUUUCCCGAAAUUGACAGGGAAGAAACCUUGAUGGUGAGGAAAACAUUUUUAAAGGAUCAGUUUGCUGCAGAUAAAGAUGGAAGCUACAAGUGUAAUGAUAAAAGUGAAUUGGAUGUACAGGGAGUUAAUUUCAGAACAUACAACUUGCAAUAUGCUGCCUUCCAAAAAAAUAUUACAGAAUUUAAAAGUUCUGGUAUAUCAGAAUGCUCCGCUGACUCUGACACCAACUCUGUAGUACCAAUCGCAGUAGGUGCUGCUUUAGCUGGAUUGGUUGUUAUAGUGCUGAUAGCUUAUCUUAUUGGUCGUAAGAGGAGUAGACAGUCUGGAUACGAACAGGUGUAACAAGGAUGCAAUGGCGAUAGUAACUAAACAUGAAGGGUGCAAAUAUGACACAAGAUUGAUAAAAACAUAUCUUUGUUUAAACAAACAAUUCCAAACAUUCCUUUUCAUCUAGUCUGUAUGUGAAAAUUAAAUAAGUUUAAAAUUAUAAAAAAGAAAUUCAUUAUGUGAAUAAUUCAAAUUUAUGUAUAUUACUUUUUGAUGCUUUACUUUAUGUAAAUUUUAUGAAAAUAUUAGAACUUAUUAGUAUAUGAAUUUUUACCUCAUGUAAGGUUAUAGCACGUAUGAACAAACAUAAUUCCAACAAAUCGAGGGUCUUGAAUAAAUUUAUUAAAUUGGAUAUCAUUCAUUCAUAUUUGUUGAAUUUUCAAUGUACAAGUUGUCCAUCAUACUUUCAUCAGGAUCAUGUUUUAUUCUUUAGGGCGCUUUUUUUAUAGAUAGCAAUAAGAAAAUUAAGUUUUGAAUCAUAACUAUUGAGUUACUUUGUAUUAGUCCCAAAAAUGACAGCUUGUUUGAAGCUAGAAUUGAGGUAUAAAAUGUUGAUCUUUAGCUUAUUCUCAAAAUACUCAAUCCAAGAAUGCAUUCUUGUAUCUUGUAUAUAAAUUAUUUGUAAUAAUAUCUUAAAGUAUUUGUCAGUAACUUGUUAUUUGUUAUAAUCAUGUUUGCCCAUUGAUGACAUGAUAGAUAUAAACAACUAUAUGCUUUAAUUUUUGGUCUAGUAAACUAAAAAACAAAACAAUAUCAUUUCAAUUUUAAGGUGAUAAAAAGAGAAAGUUAUAAAAAUAUUAUGUUAUUUAUAACUUAAAUGAUAGUGCCCAUGUUCACUACGAACUUAACUGUUUGAUAAAUAUAACAAAUUUGGGUUUCCCUUAACAUGGAUAUGUGAUAGUUUUAUUAGGCAUGAUGUCUUAAGGAUAGUUAUAUUCUUAGUUUUUUUUUUUUUUUUUUUUUUUUUUUUAACUUUUGAACUGCUGCAUUUUUUAUAUGAGAAUAAAGAAAAGAAAAUUUCAUCUGAUGUUUAUAAUGUUUUCAUGUACAUAUUUGUAUGAAAUAUUUGUCCGUAAUUGUUUAUUGAGUCUUAAAAUAUGGAUGUACCAUAACCCUUAGAACAGGAUGUCAAAUGGGCUAAACAAAUAUAAAAUAUAAACAAAUUUUAGGUACAAAGUCAUUAGUAAAGAACAUUGUCACCAUUCCUGAUGUGUAUUCAGCAAAGGUUUGACUAAAGCAAAACUACCCAAUAAUUCAAUUUGUUUGCUUGUUAAAACUUAUAGUACAAUUUAUAUUGUUGAUUUUGUGAAAAUUGAAAAUAACAAAACAGGCGAAGCAUCAAUAAUAAAUAAAGUUUUGCUGAUAUAUUUACAUGACGAAAGAGUUGUGAUUAUUGUUUGAAUGUAUGAGAGUGUAUGCUUUCUUGUUGAUUUUUUUUCUACAUUGUGAUUUAUUUAUUAAUUUGUUAAAUAAGGACAAAAGUGCUAAUCAUAUUUUUAGUUUUCUGUAACUAAUGCAUUGAAGUAGUUGAUUUGAAUACUGCCAGAAAGUUGUUUUGAAUAUAGUGCUCAGCUUAAGCAAUUAUUUUUAAAUUAUUACCUGAGUUUCAUAGAAGUAGGUAGACAAUGGACUCAAUAUGUUCAAUGAGGUACAUAUUUCCUAGAAGCUUCUUUGUAGAUUUUGGCAAAACUAUCAAAUCAUUUUUCAAAAAAAAUAAAAAUAAUCCCCCCUUACAUUAUUUAAAUAUUUUAUUGUUUGAAGUUUUAUUCACACUUUAUUAUUCAUAUGCAAUCAUUUUCAAUACUGUUUUUCUUUCUUUGAAUGUGUUCUGUGUUGUCCUUAUCUAAUAUAAACAAAUUACUUAAAAGUUUAAACAAAGAUAAUGUGACCACACAAGUGCUGGCUGAAUUUUUUUUUAUUAGAUUGUUCUACUUUGAUUUUUAUACACUAUUUCAAAACUUAAAUAUGGCUGCAUCUAUAAUUUUUUACGGAAUUCUUUUUCCAAAGUAAGGAGGGAUGUAGUUAUAUAACUAGUCCCUUAAAUUUGCUUUAGCUAUCUGUACAAAUAGCAACCCUGCUGGUUACCUGGUAAAGUGAUAGCUUUUAAACUGCAGUUUUGACAUUUUUCAAGAAAUGAAAUUAGAUUGAUUAUGUACUUCAUUAUAAUGUAUGCACUUUUGUACAACUGUUUACACAGGGUAAUCUAUUUUGUAUAUUUCAAUUUUUGAUUCGGGAGGAAAAACUUGGGGCCUGGGGUACCUUAUUUUAAUUUUAAGUGAAAUCUUCCUGGAAAAAGAAACAAAAUAGCCAUAAUACAAAAUAGAUAUUGUUUUGGUUCUGAAAAUUCUGGCUUGGGUUGUUAAAAAAUCAAAUAUUUUAUCAAUUACAACCGAAGAUAAAUUAGUUGAGUUCUGUCAGUCAACUAUAGUAAAGACUGUCAUGUGGGACAAUUUUGUGUCUCAUAUAACUUUUAUUCUGUUUACAAAAAAAAUAUCAUUGGAACAUUUCUUUACUUUUUUUCCAACAGCACCAACUUUUACAAUGGCAACGGGAAAAUAAAAAUCAUCAUCAUGAUAAGGUAUAGCCUUAAUUAAAAUAUAGACUCAUAAAAUGUUUACAUUUAGCAUUUGGGAUAAGUUCACUGCUCUCUUUAGAUAUUAGUGGUGUAAUUUUUGGUGCAAAAAAGUGUGAUUGUGUCUUUGUUGUCUGUAUACAUACUUAUAUUUUGAAAUUAAAAUCUAAUUACUUAA